AAUACAUGAUCGAAUUUUAUCGCGAUAAACCCAACGCUCGUCCUUUACUUAUAUGUGUUGUUAGUAAAUACAUACUUGGGUAUAAUCUCUACGAAUCGACAGAAUGUACUGAAUUUCGAAAUGUCGUUCUUCCCUUCGUUUUCUUUAGAACUCGUUGUUCCCGCUCUCUGUUUCAGGCACCGUCAUCGCCACCGCCACCGCCACCGCCACCGUCACCGAACAUGCCCAACGAGAAGGAACUGAAAAAAUAUCUGAGCAAAAUGUCAAUGACCGGAAGUUUGAUGGGUUACGAAAACAACAACGAGGUAAACCAAGCGAAAUGCAAAAAACCACUGAAGCCGCUUCCCAUAGUAUCCAGUAUAAAUUCGAGCGGCGGCGUCGCUACGACCGGGAAAACGAGAAAGUCGCGCCGACCAACGAAACGGAACUCGUGUAUACGUGGCCAUGUGAACAGCUUGUGGUCCGUUUGGUACGGCGUUUUGGCGGUCGCUUUGCAAGCUUACAUCGGCAUGAGAUACGCGAAACGAUUUGCCGCGUACUUGUCGUUACCUUGGCCCGCGGAUGCACCGCCGCCAAAGCUUGAAUUGUAUGCCUGUUUGGUGCUCGCUGGUACCGGAGUGGUUUUACUUCCGGUCCUACUUGGAGCAGCAUUCCUAAAGCUUGGCAAUCUCGCCAACGAUGGAAUAAAGCUUGGCCGUCAUUUGACCGCGUGCUCUCGCGAUCCACCCUCUUCGUUGCUCACCAAUAACAAUCCUGACAACAGCCUGGCAAACAAUUUAUGGCGACACGGUGGUCCUACGGCGGCGUUUGUGCAUCUUUGCACGGCCAUGUGCUUCCUCCUACCUUCGCUACUCAUGGAAGCCAGGCUUAUACAUGCCGGAUUUUUGCCUAAAGACGCGAUAUGGCGUACGGACCUCGAUUGGGUAGUGAUUCAUCGUGACCGACUUGUUGUAUCCAGUUUCUUGACCCCGAACGUGAACCUUAGCAUUCUAACUGGUUUCAUAACUCCUCAACCAUUUGUCACUUUAACGCCCAACGAAGAAAUCGACGAUGGAGCGAACGAUAUCGCCACUACGAGUCCAAAUGCAACAGGGAUCGUUGGCAUUAACACCGUCGUCGAGUCUCGUUCCGGGAACGAUGGAGAGAAUUUCCUUAAUGCACGGUUUUUUAAUACUAGCUCGGCUUCGAUUGCGAAUAGCGGCAAGGUUCCAUCGUCUUUCAAACCAGGAGAUAGCCGUGCGACUUUGUUAAAAACUGUACCGACUUUGAGUACGUUAACGGGAAUGGGAACGGUAACGGGAACGGGAACGGGAUCAACGAUGAAAAUAACGACAGGAGCAAUGACAGGGUCAAAGACGACGACGGCGACGGCGACGACGACGACGACAACGACGACGAGGACGACGACGACGACGAUGACGAUGACUACGAUGAUGACCACGGAGGCGGCACCAGCGGCGAUAGAAGUAGUGGCAGUUGGUGGGUCUGUAGCAGCAAGUACAUCGAUGCCGUCGACGACAACAAUGACAGCGGCGAUGACGAUGUUGAAAUCAAUGACCGCGUCUUCGAGAAUCAUCAAGAGCACUACGGCCAGAUACGGUGCCACUGUUAAACGUCCGACUCCAAGAACGAUCCUUAGAAACAGUAAUUCAAAGAUCAGAUCAAAGACGAGAGGUUUCGGAAAAAGUUCGACGACCAUUAGACCAGUAAUCGGGAUGGUUACCGGAGGAAACAUGACGGUGCAGAGUAUGUCCCUGACAAUGAAUAGUUUGGCCGACUUGGAUCAUCCGGAGAAAUUGAAUCUCGAAAUUGAAACUGCAGAAUCUUAUGGACCCGUCACUUUGGAGUAUUUAAAUUACGCGGUGGCCCUUGGAGUUUAUUCUGUGAGAUAUCCCGCAGUGUUCUGGUCGUGUAACAAAGCACUGGGUACAAUUUUCAGUGUUCAGCUGGUCUUGAACUCUGCUCAAAGCUUACUCGCAUACGUUGGAAUGUCCGUUCUUUACAAGGUUCAAGUAGUGGGACCGUUGAAAGUGUUGCCCGUUCUCCGGCAACAGUACCGCACGUUAUCCAGUUCCAGCAGUAUAUCGAGUAUAUUCGGAGACUCGUACUUCCUCUUGAAUCCACACGUCACUCUCGUUUUGUUUGGUCUUUCCUCCCUCCUGGUACUGUGUUCCAGCAUGGUGAUGUAUUUCUACGCUUACGGCAGGUGAGUGUUGUUGUUUAAAAAGGAACAGAAGGUGAGGUGAUUCGUUGAUGAUUCUAUAGAUUCACGGCAUUAUUGGAUAUAUUUUAUCCAUUGCACUGCCCUGUGUGUCUUCUUGGCAAUCGCUAUCUGUAGCGCACCGUUGCUCUACGAUUACAGUGUCGUGUAUCGCGCCAGUCUGGAUGGCGCGAUUCUGGCUUGUAUCGUUGCCACCGUUCUUCACCUCUUUCUUUGGUUGUUGUUAUGGAUCUGCCUAACAAUAAAACAACGGUGGACAUUCAAGCUGCGAGUAACGAUCGGCCGAGCGACCGUAAGGUCCGCGAGAUCGGUUAAACUCGUGACCGACGUCGAUCUGUUAUCGGCCAGGGACGACGAAGACGGUACUUGUGCGCCGCUGUUGGUCGUUGGCAACGGUAGAACCUAUACCAUUGCUGAUGCUUCGCCCAAGAAAGCCAUCAUGAGCGUGAUACAAAAGGCAGCCAUCGAAAGGAAGGCUCGCGCACAAGGGAACACAGACUCCUGUGAGGGUGACUCGGCAGCUGACGACGAGCAGAUCUAUUGGCUGAGACCGAAACUACGACCGUCGCCGACGCAAUCACCGAACGAUACCAACGGCCCACCGACAACAGAAAAGGGUUGGCUGAACAAGAAAUGCAAAAAGCCCAAGGUCACCUUUAACGACCUGCCUAGUACGUCAGGCUCGCGUAAUAAGGGAAAAGCCAGACGAGGCGGCGGCAGCGGCAGUAGCAGCGUCGGGGGCGACAGCGGCGGUGCUGUCGAUGGAACCAAACCGGAGGAAGACGGAGAUUAUGCUACGCUACGGGAAUUACCGUUGAUAACGUCUCUGAAUCCCGCCGAUGAUUCAACGUCCGAAGAGAACAAGUGGGGAAGAUGGUUGAUAGCCCAUAGGGGCGGUAUAUCUAAGUUUGGAGACCUGCUCGAGUGCGUGAACAACGACCAAGUGACUUACUACGCUAGUGCGAAUCGCGAUCUGCAACCCUCGGAAGGUGAUCCCUCGCCACUCUUGACUCCAGACCUCUUGUCCGAUCCCACCUUGGAGCCACUUCCAUUGCCACCUCCGACUCCAACACACGCACAGAGCACCGACGUAACUACGGCGCCACUAACCGCUAACACCCAGAUGAACAGUGGGCAAACGCCGCGCUGCUUACGCCGAGCGGAUUCGGGUAUGCCACACGAGGAAUUGACCCCUCGUUCGGAUUCAUCCAACUCACCACCGUUGGAGGCUGUCGGUGGUAGUAGCGGAACUGGUUCGAUGGCCGGUCACAGUAACGGGAGCAGCCAUAGCGAAACGUCGUCGAGCGGUGUGCACAGCAACGCGAGUAAUGCGAGUUGCCAACGACGAGCGACCAGCGUGGACGAUUUGACCGGCGAGCAACGAACCGGCGAAGAACCGCGAGAACAAUGGCGUAGCUGCUCGUUGCAGCGCGGUAUUCAACCACCGACGGCGGCGGCGGCGACGACGGCGGCGGCGACGACGACGACCAGUCGUCUAGUGGGUAGUGGCGGUGGUGGUGGUAGUGGUAGUUGUGGUGGUGGUGGUGGUCAAUCCUUCUCUUCACCCCUGUACGUGAACCACGUGCCGUUAUUUGCGAAUCCUAAUAUGAUGAAUGCGACGGCGAACCCCAAUGAUGCCGUGAUUCCCGGCUCUGGCUCCAGUUCUGGAUCCGGAUCCGGAUCUGGACCCAGCUGCCCGGCAGCUAUUCUUGAAAACGCGAACGAAGCAACUGUCGUCAUUAGGCGCAAACUUUCGAGGACAAAGCUCACGGAUCCGUUGAAUCCUAACGAGGAGCCGUUCGGUCGUUCUACAAACAUGCGCAUGACGUCUUUUACGGAGGGCAACGAUAUUCGUGUACACGCCUCGUCCGCCACGCUGCCGCACUAUCCGACCCAACCGGUUGUCACGUAUCCACACUGUUCGACCAUGCCGUUGCCUCACGUGUCCCACGCGAGCGUCGCCGGUUCGCAUAUGACCGGGUCCACGACCGGAAGCUGCGGGUCGGUGCCAAGGCAUGCGAGCGUCGCGCACCCAUCGCAAAUGCAUUCUACGGUCCCUUCGCAUACCACUCUGCCGUCUCACCAUAACGGCGUUAGACUUUUGCAGCCUAGUUUCCCAGCCAACAAUCCUUUCGUCAAACGAUUUCCACCUGUACAGCUACACACGCAGUCCUGGGCUUUACCGGGCCAUCACACAUUUCCUCAGAUACAGCAAGCGAACGGGAAAAUAUCGUCGGUAGCCGGUCAAAUCAGACAUACUGAUCGCGAUUCAGCCAACUUUUCCAUGGCCAGUAGCGGUGAUUCCGACACGUGUUUGCCUCACUAAACAGUUUCAACAGCAAAUCGCCCGCCCCGCUUCUCGCAUUACUUAUGACUUAUCUUAUUCGUGAAAUGUCUCGCAUUCCAAACGACUCCAUUCGAUUCAAGCUGAUCUCGAAUAGGUAGUAUAUGAUAUAUGUAUUCUCGGGGGAGGAGGUCGUCAACGAUGCCAAGGAUUAUAACGAACGACACAUCAUGUGUCACAUACGC